UUUUUGCGGUGUUGGCAAAAACUGAACUGGAAACUCAACUCCCAAAAAAGCAACACAAUUGAAAAAGGGGAAUAAGUUGCAAAAUAUGAAACAAUAUUAAUUUUCAACUGUUCCUUCCUCUUUCCGAACAAAAAGUCAUGUUCGCUUUAGACUGGGUGUGGAUAACAAGCAUCGUAAUAAUAUAAUGUGAAUUCGGAGAGAUUCAUUGUCCUCAUAUUUUUUAUCGACAAGUUAAAUAAUUUGAAACCGCUGCACUUAUUUGAAGGCUGCAAUGGCACUUGUGCUUAUCGACUGUAUAUGUGUAGCAUUAGAUCUGCCUUAAUAGCAGAGUGAAGCAUUACAAUAGCAGAGGAUAUCCUCAAUUAUUCUUAUUUCAAUAAUCACUGCAAUGGGGACACGAACUGGAGGAACUAGUGUGAUUGAUACGGUUUGCGGACGACCCACCAUGAAGUCACUUUUCGUCAAAGGGUUCGUUCUAAUUAUCGCACUGUGGUUCCUGAUCGUGGGGUUGAUGUCAGUGCUACCUGUAAAUCAAUCGGCAAACGGUCACGCCACUAAUGAGCUAAGUUCGCCAGGUGAAGCGACAGAAAUUCUGGAAAGAAUUGAUGCUGCCCUUCAAGAAAUUCAAAUGUUGAAGAAGAACAACGCAGAGAUGAAGCGCAUAAUUGAGAGCAAUAAUCCUUCAGUAGAGUUGAACAGCUUAGUAGGACGAGAUCCACACGACGAUCUAGUUCAAGCUCAUCCUGAAGAUCCAAGUGCUACAUAUGAAGACACGAGGCGACAAAUAGAAUUAAAUUUAAAGGAAUUGUGGUACAAUAUCCGCUCCAAGUCAGAACAUUUAGAAGAAAUCGAUUUUGAACAAGUAACAGAUAUUUAUAGAGUUUUACGAGGAAACCUUCAGAAGCUACGAAUUUGGGACGGAUUCGAAUCUUAUCGUGAACGAGAAACAAAGGAAUUAGCUAAAAUAGUUCAAAGUCGAAUCCGCUCAUUACAAAAUCCAAAGAAUUGUGAAACUGCCAAAAAACUUGUCUGUAGCUUAAACAAAGGUUGUGGAUUUGGGUGCCAGGUUCAUCAUGUAUGUUAUUGCCUCGUAGUUGCGUAUGCGACAAGCAGAACGCUUAUAUUGGAAUCGCGAGGGUGGCGUUACAACCGGGCAGGGUGGGAGAAAGUGUUCCUGCCACUUAGCGAUACAUGUACAAGUAACGCUGGGGAGUCUAGGGGGGAUUGGAAUGGUAUGCAUUCCGAUAUUCAAGUGCUACAACUUCCGAUUGUGGAUUUCUUAAAGCCAAGACCUCCGUUUCUACCCGUUUCGAUUCCGUCCGAUAUUUCAGAACGUUUGGAAAAGGUACAUGGAGAAGCACAUGUAUGGUGGGUUGGUCAAUUUAUGAAGUACAUUCUACGUCCUCAACCUCACCUCCAGACCAUGCUGGACGAAGCUAAAGAAAAGUCUGGAAUUGUAAAUCCCGUUGUGGGGUUACAUAUUAGACGAACUGACAAAAUUGGGACUGAGGCAUCGUAUCAUUCUCUCAAGGAAUAUAUGAGUCACGCCGAGGAAUAUUUCGCAAUAAAAGAAAAAGCAGGUGCUGUUGUAAAACGAAGAGUUUUCAUUGCUUCAGACGACCCAUCAGUUAUUUCAGAGGCGAAACGAGCGUACCCUGAACCUGAGUGGGAAAUCCUUGGCGAUACUGGUGUAGCACAAUCGGCAGCUCUGUCCCAGAGAUACAAUGGACUAAACGGUAUAGUCCGAGACGUUGUUCUUCUGUCCGAGUGUGAUUUCCUAGUUUGCACAUUUUCAUCCCAGGUUUGUCGUUUAGCUUACGAGCUCUUACAAACUAAGCACGUUGAUAGUUCUGAACGAUUCGUAUCGUUGGAUGACAUUUACUAUUACGGAGGCGGAAUUGGAUUAGAUCAAGAAGCCAUAAUUUCCCAUAAACCGAAAAAUGGGAAUGAACUGGAAUUACAAGCUGGAGACAAAAUAGGCGUUGCCGGUAAUCAUUGGAACGGAAUGUCUAAAGGUACAAAUCAUCGUACAAACAAGGUUGGACUCUACCCAUCGUACAAGGCCAGAAACGUAUACACGAAGAUAAAUUUUCCUGAGAAGAAAUGGUGGACAAAUUCAGGGGAAGUCAGACGCUAAAUAGUAAUUUUACACCGAGUGGCGAGUUAUUAUAUAUAUUCAUUAUUACCUUAUAGCAAUAUUGCUAUAAGGUGAUAUCAUCUUAGCCCUAUAAAUUAAUUGUUCAUUUAAAUUACUCGGCAAUAUACAAAUAUAUCCCGUUACUAGUUUGUUAUUAGGUUAUUACGUUAUAGGCUACUAUUUUAUAUAUGGAACGCAACAAUAUAUUUUUACGUUUUUCUUAGAUAAAACUAAGUGCCAUUUGUUAUGCAGGUAACUACAGUUUAGUUAGUUAGUUUAGCCAGAAUCGCAAAACUGCCUCGUACGUCGUUUUAUUCUACCAGCAAAAUGAGUUUCGUAAUUUUUCAGAUUUAACAUUUUGAUUCGCUUUAUACGAAGAAGACUGUUGAACUACCCUUUCGCACUCACAUUCCUUGACAAAGUACUUUUACACCUCUUCAAGAUAUCGCUUCGUUGAUAUAAUAUGAUAUGUUACGCAAUUCGUAUAGUAGUUCUGAUGAUGUGACUUUGGAAGAUACACUUCCUGUUUGUAUAUGUAUUCCUAUGAUGAUUACGAUGUGCUAGCUCAGUUCAAAAUUGCUUUUUAUAAAGUUACUAUGUGCAAUUACAAUUCAUGCCUUUACGAGAAGAUGGCAAAGAGAGGAGUUUUAGUCAUAGGACCAAAGAAUAUUAUAUUAUUAUUAUUGUAUGAUUUAAGAUUAAUUAUGCUAUUACUAUUACUACUAAUGAGUGGGGUAGUUUGGAUUUAGACGACAUUACGCAGAGAUUUUGACUACAUACAUUGAGUUUUAGGUCGACUGUGAGUGAAAAUUACUUUUGAGUAUUUAUGAAGAGUUGUUACCAAAUUGAAUUGAUGACGUAGGGAAGAUUCGUAAAUUACGUAACGCCCCUCCAAGCAGUACUUUCAGGCAGCCCAACUUUGCGUCACGUAAUUUCCGAAUUUAUUCCAUACUAUUGUGUGAGAGAAACAGAAACGAAUGUAUUACUAUGCAGAUAAAAGCAAGUUGUGAAUGACGUGUUUUUGUAUAAAAUUGCUGUCAAGUUUUAAUUAGCCAUUAGUACCAGUAACUGAUACUUUACCAUAUUAUUUAUAUUCCUUUACUGUAUUUGUAGUAGUUAUGUACGUACGUACUAAUUUCUAUACAUAUUUGAAGUUUUUAUUCCCAAGUCAAAGCUGAGGCUGUGAGUAUAAUAAAUAAGUCAAACAUAGUUCAUAUUAUGUGCAAAAAAAUAAUGGAAUAAUAAUAAAACCUAAUCAAGUACGUAAA